AUGUCGAACACGUCAACAACUAACAAUAAUAAUAGUCAAAAGACAGCCGAGCCUACUUUGACUUCACCCUCUCAACCUUCUCAAACUUCCUCCUCCGUGGAGCAAGUCCCUGGGAAUAUUUCUUCAAUAACACGUGACUCCACUUCCCACUUACCAUAUACACCAAUCGUUGAAACGAUUGAUGAAAUGGAAAUAGAGAUUACCAAUAAAAAUGAAACACAACAACUUUCAGAAGGAUCUACAUCCGUUAAUGGCAAUCCACCACCAAUGGAGGAAAUCCCCAUGAUCGACAACAUAUUUUCAGCCUCAAACACACAAAUACAAACUUCCUUUGAAGGGUUUAUCCCACGAGAUAGUUUUCCACCAAAACUUACAGACAAAGAAAUUCUUCAAAAACUUAACACCAUCUUUGUCGGAGACAAAGACUUUAUCAAAGACAAGGCUGCAGCAGAUUACUUAUUAGAACAAGACUGGUGCUUAGCCAUUGAGGACUCAGUAGCCAGAAUCCUACCAGGCAAUCCAAAACAUCCAAUAUACACACAACGAACCUCUUCUUUCUACAAAAUCACUGGUCUACCCUUAAACACGAACGCAAGAGACUUAAGCCCUUUAGUGACACACUUGAAGGGACAUACGUGUACUUUUACUCAAACCUCACGCUCAUCUUUUUUCAAGAACGCGUUUAUAUACGUCCACCCAAACGAUAUCAAAAAAGAUUAUACCACAAUAACGGGUACAAAAUUUGGUGAACACACAAUCUUCAUUUUUCCACACACUAACACCAAAAAAACUUGCAAUGUAUGUGGUAACCAUACACACGAAUACAAAAACUGCCCUAGUACUGAUUUCGUAUUAGACAAAAAUGAACAUAAAAUAUUCAAAAAACGUUUCAUCAUACGUAACAAAGAUCGUAUACUCGUCAACGAAACAACCAGACAAACUUACAACCAUGUUAUAAAACUCUCCAAAGAUAAUCCUGGUAACUCAAACGGACAAUCUCGUCCCCAACCGAACACUCGAGGCAAACAAAAUCAAACAUAUAACAACACUACAAAUCACCCAGAUAGGACGAAUCAGAAACCUAAGUCAUCCUGGUCCCAACAACAACUGCCCCAAGAAAUCUUAGAUAAAAUUGCACUUAUGGAACAACAAAUUACUACCAUAACAAACCACGUUAACGUAUUACAGGGUUCCCACCAAACGUUCACAGAACAAUAUUCCUCGCACCACCAACAACUAACCACAAUUGACACUAAUAUAGCGUUGCUUACGCAUAGACAAGAUAGUCUUGAAAAUCAACAUAAAUCCUUGAUGACCCAGAUGCAAACACUCAUCAACACUUUACAAGCAUCACAAACCCCACCCACCCGACAACAACCAGCUAGGAAAGCCAAACGUACUAGUACCCCAUAUGAAAAAACCCCUUUGAAGGAUGUAAAAAAACGAUUCACCCAACCAUCUACUGAAUCGGUAAUGACUGAUAGCGAUGCACUCCCGCUUUCAGAUGAAUAUUACACGGAAUCUGGAGAUAUCUCCGAUACAGGCACCAUUGAAAAUACAUAUGAAGCAUCCGAUCAAGCUACUUCAGGACAAUCGAGCUUCAUCCUCAACCCAUUUAACUGGGGCAAUAAACCUCAGGUUUAA